AUGUCACAAAAGGAUAAUCUACUCGAUAAUCCAAUUGAAUUCCUAAAAGAGGUCAGAGAAAGUUUCAAUAUUCAACAAGAUGUUGACGCCAUGAAAAGAAUCCGCCAUGAUCUUGAUAUUAUAAGGGAGGAAAGCGAAGCGAGAAUUGUCAAGGAGCAUUCAAAGGUAUCGGAGUCGAACAAGAAGUUGAAUGCAGAAAGGAUAAGUAUUGCUAAAUUAGAAGGAGACUUAGAAUAUACUAAUGAAGAGAGCAAUGAAUUUGGUAGUAAAGACGAGCUAGUUAGGCUUCUAAAGGAUUUGGACGGACUGGAACGUAAUAUUGUGUCACUUCGAAGUGAAUUGGACGAAAAGAUGAAACUGUAUAUUAAAGAUAGUGAGAUAAUAUCCACAGCGGACGGUUCCAAAAUAAAGGCAAAAAUAAUUGAACCCGAGUUGGAAGAGCAAAGUGCAGUCACCCCAGAAGCAAAUGAGAUCAUUCUGAAAUUGAAACUAUUCAGAUCGUUAGGAGUCAUUUUAGAUUUAGAAAAUGAUCAAGUCCUUAUCAACAGAAAAAAUGACGGUAAUAUUGAUGUUCUACCUUUGGACAAUAACUUAAGUGACUUUUAUAAGACCAAAUACAUAUGGGAAAGAUUAGGCAAGUGA